GAAGCGUAUCUCCUUCUUCCGUUUGGUCCUCAUAUCAAUCACUGAUCGAAGGAGCAUCACCCCACAAAAUCUCGGUUUUUCGCCAACGUCCACCAUUGGCAGAAGGCCUCAUCCUAACGCCAUCUCGUUCGCAGCCACCCAAUCCCAAACCACACCAAUAAGCCUCCUACGAGAUAUCGAACACAGAUAAUACAUGCAAAUUUAUCAAGGAAUGGCCCAUAGAUGAUUGAUGCAAAAAGCAGACUAGACAAGCCAACGCCAUACUACUUGGCAAUGGUAAACCUGAUCGUAUAAUGUGCAGGUCGACAAGGAGUCUGGCUUCAGUAGCCAACGAACAGCCAGUUCAAUAAUUAUUCCCGUGUGUACCGCUCUUCUCUCUCGAAUAGGUCUCAUUACUUGAGAAAUAACCAGUGCGUAGGUGUUGAUAUCCUAAUUUACGCCAAACUGUCGAGUAUUCAGUGUUUUUUGUGCUAUGAUCAAAGCGACCUGUGACCAGUAUGCCUUUUUAACGCAUAUACUGCCAGCCAGUCAUGUAGUGAAGUGUUUUUCAUUGCCGCUACAACAUUCUUGGAUUCACGUCGAAAGGAGUUUUUAAAAUGAAAAGGAACUACUUUUUGUGGUUGCUUAUCUUUUUGGCCGUACCCCAGAGGAGCAAUUCCUCAAUCUCUUCAUCGUCAACCAUGCCCAAAGAAGUCUUAGCUGAGGUGGAGACCAACCUAAGGACCCUAUUUGGUUUUAAAGGUCGACCCAAAGUGGACAGAUCAAAGUUGAUCAUUCCACAAGCUUUGAUCGACAUGUACGAAGAACAAAGUGGAUCAAAGUUGGACAUCACGUCCAUCAACAGACCUGGUCUCUUCACUCAGACAGCAAACACAAUACGGAGCUAUACUCAUAUCGAAAGUCCAAUGGACGAGAAAUUCAGCUACCACAAGUGCAGGCUGAAGUUCGACCUUGGCAACGUCCCUCCAAAAGAAGCACUCAAGGCCGCCGAGGUCAUAAUAAACAGAGAACCCUUCAAAGGUCCUCGCGAAAAAGACAAGUCCUACUACCAAAGGAUCUUGGUAAGCGACAUCCUACAGCCAGGCGUCAAGGGCAAACAAGAAGCCAUAACCAGACUUAUGGACUCCAAGCUCGUGGACAUCAGAGGAAACCAGACCAUAAGCAUAGAUGUCCUGCCAGCUGUGCAGAGGUGGCUGAAGAAUCCAAAGAACAACUACGGAAUUCUCAUCACAGUCAAGGCAGUCACCAAAGGAAAGAAGCACGCACCAAAAGAACAUCUGAGGCUGAAGAGAGACACCAGGAGCGAUUGGCUGCACAAGCAACCCUUGCUCUUCGUUUACACAGAUGAUGGUAGGAGCAUCCAUAGAAAAGGGGAAGAAAUCGUGCGAAACCGUAAGAAGAGGUCGAUGAGAAAUGGUAGGAGAAACGACAAGCGAGAACCUUGCAGGAGACAUGCCAUGAGGGUGGACUUCACCCACGUGGGGUGGAACGACUGGAUUGUGGCCCCCGCGUUCUACGAAGCGUUCCAUUGCAAGGGAGAGUGUAAUUUUCCAUUUCCCGAUCACUUGAACGCCACCAAUCAUGCCAUAGUUCAAUCGUUGAUCAAUUCGGUCAAUCCAACAAAAGUACCCAAGCCCUGCUGCAUUCCUACGCAGCUGAGCUCAAUAUCCAUGUUGUACGUGGAUGAUGAGCAGAAAGUCACCCUUAAAAACUACAGGGACAUGGUUGUGAAGGGUUGUGGGUGCCGGUAGUGGUCCGUUCUUAUGUCGUUAUAUUCGAGUCUGGUUUUGACCUUGAGGAACAUAUCGUGUGUCGAAAGGGAAGGUUUUUUUUGAAAAACUGAAGUUGAAAGUACAAGUAGAUGCUACUGAUCGAAUCUCAUUCGGGACUAUUUAUUUUAAAUUUAUAUAUUUCUUUUGAAUAAGAAGAAGGUGAAAAAACUAUAUUCUUCUUAUAAUUAAAUGACUUUAAAUUGAAUUACAUGAUUUUCACUCGUAUAUAGUUCCGAAUAGAAUGAAAUAAAAAAAAGCAACAACAAAACUUAAAAUUAGAUAAUAUGAUAAAUAGGCAAAAACAAAGGAAAACAAUUAAUGAAAGAAUAAACACACCAGCAGAACAAUUUAACUUUAUUCAGGUGGAAAUUUAGUGAUACGUUUUUAUGUUUGAACAAACUAAAUAUCUUGAAAAGCUUCAAUAGAUGUGGUUUCGGAGGUACUUUGAAUUGAAAUCCCUUUGGGUAUUAGGCACUUGAAGAGUUUUCUUCUAGUGUUUGUUAGAAAAUGUUUAUUAUACAAAUUUUAAUUUAUUCCAUAACUUAACAGAAUUCAAUGUUUCUAUACAAAUGUUAGUAUAAGAAGAAAAUUAUACGGUUUUACCCAAAAAAAGUUUUCAGUGUUUUCGUUGAUGACAAAGUUUCACUACAUUUUUCCGAAGAAAACCACAAAAUUUGACUACGAUGUGGAUAUUCAAGAGAAAAUUUUCGAUGAGAGUAGAACGACAAGUAGAAUUUUAACCGAAUCUGUGAUCCAAAGACUCGAGGCUUCUAGAAGUGUGUACAUUCUAUGUACCCAGUGUAAAACGGGUUGAACUAUGGUCAUUCCCUUUCAUCUGUGAUUAUUAAUGUAAAGUAAGGUUAGAGUAUACCUACAUGCAGGUCUUUGAUAGGUAUUAAACAAUCCAAAAAAUUUGAUAAUUCACCAUGCAUUGUUGAUAUUAAAUUCUUAUAGUCAAUGAUGAAUUGCAUUUGUAUCUAUAUAUUAACAUAUUGAAUUUUAUUUUUUCCAUAACCUCUCAUUGACUGUUCGAAUUAGAUAUUCUUUUAUAUAAUGUUUACCCAUGUUCUGCUAUGUUGACAAAUAAUCAUUUCUACUGAGGGUAUCGAGUCUAUUUAAAUCAGUCAAUUGUAAUAUAUUAGUACCUGGCUAAGGAUAUUUAUUUACUUUUAUGUGCAUAUUGUACAGAAAUUAGAUGUAAAUUUUAGAACAUAUUUUAUUGUAAGAAGAUUAAUGUAAGAUUUUGUACAGACUGUAUAUAUUAAAAUAUUUUGUUCACAUGUUUA